AUGGCUUGCAUCAACGUUUUUGAUGGGGUAUGGCAGCUUGACGCCUGCGACCGUAAUUCUAGUUGCUACCAUUUCGAUGAAGACCUAGAUGGCGCGACUCAGAAGAGCGACGAACAAAGGCCCUUGAAGCGCAGACGUCUUGAACGUACACCGCCCGUUGACGCAAACCCUGGUAUGACACUCGACGGGGAUACACUUGUUGAAUUCGAUUGUGGCAGUUCGAGAAGUUCUGCUACAUUGGUAGGGUGUAGCGACGAUGAGGCUGAUUCCCAGCCUGGAGGAGGUUUGGAUCUUUGUUCCCGACUCAACACUGAAGGGAGCUCUGAUUCUGAGGAUCGGGAAACACAUGCAACGGGACGGUCGCGUUCGACAUCUGCAGAAAUCUUGCAGAAUACUCCUAACACUUCCCCGCUUACCGAAACACCAAACCGCCCGAGAGUCCCUCCGGAAGAGCAAGGCAAUGACCUUGAUAACUGGAUGAAGGGGUGGGGUCCUAAGUCAGAUGGAAAACGCCGAGCUGCAACUGAAUACGGUGUGGAGAAAGCGAAGCGAUGCGCGGCUGCGGUCGAACUCCCAUCUGGACAUUGGGCAGAUGCAGAAAGAGAUCUUUUCUUCCGCCUUGCAAUGCGAGGGUUUGAGCCACUGGUGCCAAAUAGUUGGAGGUUGGAUUUCCCCACGUUUCCUGAGCCUUUGUUUUCCGCUCGAGAUACAAAGGAGUCCUUUAUAAUGUCAUUGAACGGGCAUGAAUUCCGCGCAAUCAAGGCCCUGAAAGAGCUUCUGUCGAUAGGCCCACGGGUUCGAGACCGCCAGCUCUCCCGCCUCCGGUUUGAGCCAGUACUGAAGCGUAUUCUGGGGGCGUAUGUCCACUGGGCGCUUUGGGAUUGUAACCUUCAUAACCAUUCACGAAUUAUGCCGUAUUAUAUUAUAUAUGCCCUUGGGCAAAACGAAUCGGUCGACUCUGGGGUAAAGCAGAUUAUCAAUGAGCUUAUGGCGUUGGCCAAACAGCAUCAGAGCACUUGGAGUCGAACUCGAAGAAUAGACCCAGAGAGUGAUAAGGUACGGGAUCAUUAUGAUAAAGACCACGCUUUCCCUGUGCUCACGGGAUUCCUAAUUUGCGGGUCUAUCGUUGCCAUUAUCACGCUGGAUUCAAACCCGCGUAUACUCUCAGUCAUGGAUCCGCAGACUUCCGCUAAAUUCAUUGCAAAGUUUGACUUCAGUGAGCCUGGCCAAGAUGUGUGGAAUUCUCUGGCUGUCGCAAUAGCCGUGCUUCGUAUGCGUAAGACGAUGCUGCAGCUGGACCUGGAGCAUAGAGUAGAUGCAGUGUUGGAGACUUGCUGUGAGGAAGUUGAUGAAGAUGCUUGA